UUAGACUUCAAUAUGUCUGCGCCCUGUAGCAACAAAUAUGAAAUUUGGUCCAAAUUUUAUUCUUUGGCUAUUUUAUCUCGUGUUUAGUGAAGCCGACGAACAUCACAUAUCAUCGAAAUUUGUUGCAGAAGAAGCAGAAAAGCAGAGAUGCGGUUACAGUAUUCGACCUCUGUGGCAUGCGGAGGUGGGUCAUUCACCAUUUGCAGCUGCUCCGUUAAUUGCUGAUGUGGAUGGUGAUGGAGGGUUGGACAUAGUUGCGUCCCCUUUUGGUGAGGUGCUGACAGUGCUACAAGGAGAAAAUGGAAGGCCAAUUCCAAACUCUAGAUGGCCAGCUGUGAACCUGGACAGCUCUGUUCUUUCAAGUCCGUUACAGUAUGAUAUUAAUGGUGAUGGCAUGCUGGAGCUCAUGUUUUUCAUGUCUACGGGUGAGAUCAGGUUUUAUCGCUCUGAUGGAUCACAGCUUGUACAGUUCACUUACCAGAUUGAUCCUGUCUUCGUACAGAAAGACUGGUAUAAAAAGACGAUGUAUGCAUCAUCAGACACCAUCUAUAAUUACAUAGCCGAUCCACUCAAAGUAACAGAGAACCACGUGGCUGUGGAUCCUCACAUUUUGGCCACACCUGUGAUUGCUGAUCUCAACAAUGAUGACAGGAUUGAGGAGCUCAUCAUCCCGGUCUCGUACUUCUUUGAUGAUGAAGAUUACAGAUCUCCAGAGAAAUUAAAACAUCUACAAAACAUGACAGAGCCCACUCUAAGUUACCUGGUUGCUGGGGUGACAGUGUUAAACCUGACAAAUAUGCAGGUGAUAUUCAAGGUGUGCCUGGAACUGUCAGAGCUUUCAUCUGAGUUCCCAGCAUUUCUUCUCUUCUCACCAACUGUGAUUGACCUUGAUAGUAAUGGUGGUGAACUUGAGAUAAUCAUUGGAUCAUCGACAGGAAAUUUACACAUUCUUACUCAUUCCGGACAAUUGCGUGCUGGAUUUCCAAAAUCACUUCACUCACUGCAAGGACAGGUCAGUGUUGCAGAUCUGAACAAUGAUGGUAAAUUGGAGAUUAUCACCAUGGAUACCAGCGAUAAUGUGUCAUGUCUGGACCACAAUGGCAACUUGCAGUGGGAGCAGGAAUUAAGUGGAGUUGGUGCAGGAAGUCGCAUUAUUGACAUCAAUCAUGAUGGCACUUUGGAUGUUGUCGUAGCAACCAGUGAUGGGAAAGUCUUUGCUCUCAGUGGAAAAGAUGGCAGUCAUCUUCCCAAUUGGCCUUUAAACAUUGGCAGUAAGAUUGUCUCAAACAUUCUUAUCACAAAGAUUGGAAGCUCAGACAAUCAAGCUGACAUGGUGUUUGCUGCAAAUGAUGGCAACCUCUACAUCGUCUCCAGUGAUCGGACGUGUCAGGUACACAUCCCCAUUGAAGAAACCUCAUUGGUUGAAGUGCUGUCACAUGACCUCGUCAAACAGUCACCAGGACUGGAGCUGCUUGUGUCCACAAGGGACGGUACUCUAAUCUGUCUCGGAGUAGGUAGGGAACUUAGCCAGGACUAUCAGAUACCAGAGGCAGCCGAGAGGUUUCACCAACAGAACUCAUGUCCGGCCGUUACGAAGACAUACAAUGAUUUUUCUUUUUCCAUCCAUAAGCCAUUUGUAUACAUCAUGGCAUCAACAAGACACCAGGGGGAGGUAACUGGUAGCUCAUUUUGGUUCAACUUUGAAAUAGUCCAGAAGCCAAGAGAAAAUUCUAAGAUGACAGUAAACUACAUGAUAAAAAUAUAUUAUGGCAAGAACUUGCUGUUCAAGUCACAUUACACAGAGGUUGGGCAGUAUUCAGUUAAAAUUCCAACAUGGCCACAACCAGGUCAGGGUCAUAUGACUAUUCAGUUGACCAAUCAACAUGGGCAGGUUUUUCAAGACAGUUUUGCAUUGAGGUUCAAUGAAAUGAUUCUGCAAGAUCUGCAGUGGCUCCUGCUUGCACCAUUUGUUGCCAUGGUAACCAUUUUGUUGGUCAAUCAUGGCUUCCCUGCUAAAGACUUACUACCUAUGACUUUUCCAGAAAAGGCCAAAUAAAAUGGUGAUGAUGUUUAAGAUGUACAGUAACUUGAAAACUGGCAAUAAACAUGCCACUGUAGCAGUUGGGACUAAGAAAGAAAGAAAGACAGGAAGGAAGAAACUAUGCUGCCAGCAGAAAUAAAUAAUAAAAACUAAGGAAGUAAAGAAAGAAGGGAAAAACCUAUGCUGCCAGCUGACCUGUAGGAACAAUAUUCCUAUAAUCAUUUGCAGAGACCAAUGUCGACACAAGCCCAAAUACUGCCAAGUGUGGAUCCAUCUUCCAUGAUGCAAUAUUCACAACAGUUGGCCAAGAUGUCGAGUCAAGGAUGAGUUUAAAAAACAAUUUACUCUUUAAGUUCUGUAAUAAAUUUAUUUUCACACAUU